AUGGUCAAUAAUCUUGGUCAUCUGCCUUACGAAUACAAAUUGCCUGAACUUGAGUUAUGUGCUCUCAAAUACAGGCAACUCCGUGGUGACCUCAUCCAAACCCAGCGAUUUGUUAGAAUCCGUGAGUUUCCUCUAGAAUUUGAUGAAUUCAUCGAAUUGGCUUGGACAGGUCAUCUGCGGGGUCAUCUCUUUAAACUGCACAGGAAGCCGGCGCAUGUGAAAGUUCGACGGAGGGCCUUCUCUCAGAGGGUCACCGGAGCGAGUAACGGACACCCUGACGAGGUGGUCCUCUCAUAUACUGUUGACACUUUGAAACGCAAACUUGAUUCUCAUUUGCUGAGAUACUGUGACACAUAUAAUGAAAAGUCGUGUCAUUAG